UUCAAGAGUGAGGUGAAUCAAAUGACCAUUGAUUAAUUUUGUGUGUGUAAGUAAUCAAGUUUAAUAUUGGAAUCGGCAACGGUGUUUUCGCUAAACAAGCAUUAAGCAGACGUCACCGCAAUUGUUUUCAAAUUUUGUCCAACAUGGAAAUCUUGAGAGCAAGCAUACAAAAAACUUAUUGUGCGAUUGAAAUCCAUCGUACUAAAUGGAAUGAAAUACUUAGAAGUUUUGAAUCAUCACUUAAUGUUCUGGCAGGAUUGGUUGAUCAGUUAGAAUGUGUUAAAAAAACUGAACCUUGUGAGCUAUCCAGAAAGUUCCCUGAUCUACAAGGUAAACUGGAGCAGAUCAUCCGAGCCUUGAUGGAGGAGGAGAUGACUUCAAUGAUCGUUUUACUAGAGGAACUUAACCAAUUGAACCUGAAAAUAAAAAGUAUCUGUGAAGUUACUUAUAAACUAUAUGUCGAAGACUCUGAUAAAGCUCAAUCUAACCCAGCAUUUUUUCAAGGAACAUCACUUUAUCCACCGAUUAGUCAGAUGAUUGAGUGGAUGGAUGAUAUCAACUUGUGCUAUGCCAAUAAGCUGACCAAUGCAAAGUAUUUACUUGAAAUUUUUGAUUGUUCAUCUCAAGCUAUAGUCAAUUUACAGAAUAUUUUAGAUUUCAGGAGUAAUUUUUCAACAGUUGAUGCCAUAAUGGCUAAAAUGUCUAUUUUUCUUCUUGAAAAAUAAAAUAGUUUUUUCACAAUUGUGUUUCAACAUGUACAUUUUGGUACCCAAACAAUACAAGACCUGUCAUCUUUUA